UUCAGUUCGCAGAACAACAUAAAAGAACAAACGCAAACAAUAACAACAUAAAAACACAUAAGAUGCACAGUGCGCGGGUGAAUCAUAGUUGAGCAACAAUUAGAAUUGAUUAACACAUGAUCGCGCGACGUCACUAACAGUGGCAAAAACAACUGGGGCACACGCGACCGCGCAAAAAGUAUGUCGGCCGAUGGGAUUCCCGCGUCGGAAUGUGCGCACCUGGCGGAAUUCAAGAGAUUUUUGGCCACUACGGCGGAAAAGGCGGCAGCCGUAAGCGAAGAGGUGGCCACCCGGAGUUGUGUAACCCGUACAAGCAGCGAUACGUACAAGGUGUCCAGCGAUGAACGUCAUGCGGAGUUGGUCUUCGCCAUUUGGCAGCAAUUGGGAUCUCGCGGAUGUCCGGAGCACUUCCGGAUGAAGCUGCUCCACCAAGCCACACAGCAGCUGGAAAAGGAUCUGUGCUUUGCCAAGGAGUGCGAGGUCACCGUGGAGGGACCGCCGCAGUACGAUCUUCUCAAGCUGCAAAAAUUCGUGGCAAAUGAGUUAGAGAAGUUUCUCCUAAAACUCACAGACAACUCGGAGGUAGAUCGGCUCAAGGACUUCGCCGAUGAGGCUGAGCCAGGAAGCUGUGAGUGCCACCAAGAGAAAGAACCCCUGCACACAUCCGCUGCAGUUAAGAACAAACCCCGGAAGAUGGAGGAUCGAUGUGUUUGCCUGGAGCGAUUUGGGGAGAUGUAUGGAUUGGCCGACCGAAAAACCCGUUUCUUUGGAGUAUUUGACGGCCACUCCGGGUCCUUAUCCGCCAGCUAUGCCACCAGCCAACUACCCCAGCUGCUCGCCGAUCAACUCAAAGCAAAUCUAAAUCCCUCUGAUUGCUCCCCCGACUUUUAUCGCAAUGCCUUCGAGUCGACCUUUCUGCUGGCAGACGAGCGUUUUACCCAGAAGAAGAUCACCAGCGGCACAACCAGCGUAUGUGCCUUGAUUACCCAGAAUCAGCUAUAUAUAGCCUGGGUGGGUGACUCGAAGGCUCUGUUAGUUGGGAAAAGAACCCAGUUGCAGCUGGUAAAACCGCACAAACCCGAAAGUCCAGAUGAGCGCAAGAGAAUAGAAUCAGCCGGCGGAACAGUGCUCCAUGCCCAAGGUCAGUGGCGGGUAAAUGGCAUCCUGAACGUGGCUCGCUCUAUUGGCGACUACAGUUUGGAGGCAGUGAUUGCGGAGCCGGAUUUCGUGGAUGUGCAGUUAAGUGAGGCUCAUGAUUUUCUGGUACUGGGCACCGAUGGUCUGUGGGAUCACGUUCCGGAAUCCCAUAUCAUCGAAACCGUUUACGAGUCCCUAGCGGAUCCCACAACGAAGCUGGACGACAUUCCCAAAAUGCUGAUAGAGGCUGCCAAGGAGCGGGACUCGCAGGACAACAUAACCGCCGUGGUGGUUUUGCUCAAGCCUCGCCAUCAGAUUGAAAAUCUUUAGGAUUUGCAGAACUCCAAAUUCAGACAGCGAUUUUUUUCUUGUUACCCGCAUUGGGUUGGGUUCAUUUUGUACAAACUUAAAGUAAUUCAAAUACCGAAGUAGCAAAAAGUAAUCUUAAAGUAAAUAAUUUAAAAAUCAUAUCAAGUUGCAUAAAUUGAAACGAGAAAAGUGCCAAAAUAUCUUUAGACAAUUUAAAGGUCAUGAUAAUUUGAUCUUGAAAUGCAACACGUAACAAAGAAAUGAUUAAAAUUUUAAAUAUACAAUCGUGAUACAACGAAAAUUGGUAUAGCUUAUCGAAAGAUCCCCAUUACUUGCCCGCUUAAAAGAAUAUAUAAUGUACCCAAAGAUUACUUUCCGACCCGACAAUUAUCGAUCUGCGAAAAUUAACCCAAACCAGCCCGCAUUGUUGUUUCGUUUACCUUGUUGUUGUAAUGUAAAUAGCUUGGAGCGGAUCAGUAUGUUCCUCCCUUUUUUAUCACAUUCUCACGUGCCUACCGUGGUCCUGGAAUUGGCUGCUCCCAAAACCCGGUCCACUUGUUUGGUUGCUCGAAUAAGCUCAAUCAAAAUAUUUUGUGGUUGCUCAGCAGUUGAGAAGUUUUAAAGAAGUUAAAUCCAUGUAUCGGCUUAAGGCAACUGUUGUUAACCCGGAUAUUUAUACAAAACGUGCACACCUACGCACAAAAUCAUGUUUAAAUAUAUUUUUAAUUAGCCCGCAAGCAUAUAUAUUUAUACACACUGAAGUUGUUUUCGACCGCUUAGUGCUUCCUGCUGUAGGAUAAUAAGCAAAGCCAGGUUCGCACGUAUUUUAGACCUAGUUAUAUACGUACGUAUUUACACAUGUAAACCGUAUUUAAUGAUCCCACACAGAUUAAGUACCUUUUUAUACAAAUCUAAUGAACCUUUCAUGCAUUUUAUCUACGAACCCAAAAACACAUUUUUAACAACACGCACGCAAUUGAUUAAGGAUAUUUUUUAUUGGAAUAAUAAAAAUAAUUCACAAAAGAUUA